AAUCCGACAUUAUUCGUGACGAUGUAGCAAUAUUGGCAACUACUAUCUGCAUGAUCAAGUUUCGGCAUGAAUGCCAAAAUCAGCUAGCUACAUGGUUUAACUCAAUAUAAUAAAGCGUGUCACUGUCUUACUCUAGAAUUUUGGAAAUGUUUUUGAUUGGAUCUUACAGUAUAUUAAUCUACUUCAUUCCUCAGGAAAACAACGUCGCGCCUUAAUUGCUUCAGUUUGCCAUGGAUAGUGUAUCGGGGUUGACCAUCAAGAGUUUUGUAUUUCUUGAUUUCGAGACCAGUCAUCUGUACCGAACAGAUCGCCCCAAAAUCAUUGAACUUAGUUUGAUUGCCAUCAACCGUGCUGGUCUUCUUGGCCCAGACGUACUCACGUCUUUGAAUCUUGCCAAGAAUCAUGAGAACUCUACCUUUGAUUUAUCCAAGCUUUCGUUACCAAGGAUUGUUGAUAAGCUGACGUUGUGUUUGGAUCCAGGAAAGUACACAAGUCCACAUUCUGCGCGUCUCACCAAGAUGGAUAAGCGCAAGCUCGAUAUAAACAAGAAACUGCCUUUCGAUGAAGGUGUGGUCACCAUGCUUAACAUAUUCCUAAGUCGACAGGAUGCACCGGUUUGCCUGGUUGCACACAACGGGAUGACAUUCGACUUUCCGAUACUGAGAUCAGAACUGUCAGGACUAACCACAGGAGACUCCCCUGCAGAUGAACUUUAUUGCUUGGACACCUUAAAGGGAUUCAGGGCAGGAUUUGCAACCGAGACCCAGGGAGUAAAGAAGAAGAGAGAGGGGAAGGACAAACAGAAUUCGGUUAAAAUUUCUGGGAUAGCAAACUUGACACAAGAUCGAACGUAUUUCAACUCAUCUGGAAUAACUUUUGCGCAGUCUCAGGAUAGGAGAUCCGGUGAUUUUGACCAUUGCACCAAUCAGAAUGUCGUAGAUAAAAGUUUGCUUUACAAUAUGGUCAAUAACAAACCUCAUGAUGCAAACAUGAGUCUGUCAUCAUCCAGUGAGCCCAUGUCGCAUCGACCAUCAUCAUCUGAUUCUAGUGGUUACAUAAUUCUCCAGGAUUCUCCUGGAUCCAGUCGCAGAAGCUACAGUGCAACUGAAUAUCUCUUUGAUAUCAUAUCGCAAUCUUCGGCUGCAGCUUCUCUAUCAAAACCCAAUCCAUCGUGCCAAACAAUUGCCCAAUCCACAGAGAAAGCACCCGCACCUCAACUUCGUUAUUCUGCUUCUGCCAAUGUUGAAAAUAACCAGACUGAGAACUUCGCAAGCCAGACCGGUUCUCCCCCAACACUCGGGAAAGCGCAAUCAGCGCCUUGUCGACACACCGUCGAUGACCAUCCUCCAAAACGCAAACGGAUCUCCUACACUCUUGUGAAUAUCUUCAAGAGGACAUUCGAGAGGGAACCACCCCACUCACAUUCUGCUGAAGAUGACGUGGUGUCUCUGAUCAAGGUAUUGCUUCCAGUGAUAUCUGACUUCGUGUCUUGGGCUGAUGAAAACGCUUCGCCGUUCAAGGAUUGCAAACUGUAUUAUGACGGAUAGUCAGGGCGGGGGGGGGGCAGGGGUGAUCGCCCACCAUCACUAAAGGAGAAAGGGAAGUAAAAAUAUAGGGGGCCGGGAUCUGUGCUGGAUCUCAUGCACAUUUCCUGUUUGAAAGAAAAAAAUAAUUCUCUUUGAGGACACCUUGCUGCCUAAUUUCCGCAUCCCAAAAUCAUUUUAUAAAUUAAUUUUAACAAUCUGAGAAUCUUAUCAUUUUUACAGAGUGAAAUUAGCCAAUUGAAAGCAAGGUAUAUAUGAAGGUAUAUUGCUCUAGUGUUCAAUUUUUUUAUGUUACCAGUUUUUUAAACGCUGUCAAAAAGAAGGAGGUUUUUUGUUCUAAAGUAUCUAAUAAGGGGUGUGAAAAAAAAGGUUGAGCCAAAAUGAAAGGAAUCAUUUAUCUCAACAUAGGUUAAUGUUAGUUAUAUUAUUAUGCGCGAUUCCUUAUUAUGAUCUCAUGCAUGGUUAUUGUAAUGUUUCUGGCAUUAUAGAAGGGGAAUUAAUGUACAAUAACAUAUUUGCUCUUAAUGAAGAACCUGGCCAGGUAUUUUACUCAACAAAAUAUAGUUAGCAACAGGGGCGGAUCCAGAAUUUUUCGAAGAGGGGGCACAUUUUCCCGAGUAAAAAAAUGACAAGAAAAAACAAGGGUUCUAACCCCAAAUUAAGGGGAUUUCGUCCACGAAAAAAUUGACAAGAAAAGGGUCUUCACUUCCAAAGGGGUGGGGCACACUUCUGUUUUAACGGCAUUUUACAUUACAAAUUUUAAUUGUGCCUCUCAAAGGGGGGGGGGCAACUGCCGGCCCGUGCUCCCCCCCCCCCGGAUCCACCACUGGUUAGCCCACCAAUCAACAUGUCCGUCAUGAUUAUUACUCCAUGUUGACAGUUACUGAAUAAGCAAUUCAAUGUCUUAUAGUAAAAUGAAUAUUUCUUAAUUCUUAGCAUUUUUAGAGUAAUUUUCAGAUAGAAAAAAGACUCACAUAAAAAAGGCUGGUCAGUUUGUCAAAUUAUUAUUCCAUUUUUGUGUAUCACAGCAAGAUCUUGAGGGUAGGCUUAAUUAAACAUGAAUAAUGCCCAGUCAUAUAAAAUGUUACAAUCGUAGAAUAAAUUCAUUCGACAUCGUAAUGAAUUGAUUUAAAAAUCAAAUCAUUUGACUGGGAGCAUUCAAUUUAAAGUGUAGUUUCGCCUAAUUCAUGCAUUUUUUUACACCCUUGACAAAAAAGUGAUGGUAUUUAGUGACAUCUUAAAGAACGUUCAAUAAUUUAGAAACAUAAUUUUGACAGCUUUUCUAAAAUUGUAACACCUUUUUAUAAUUAUUUGAACUGAAAAGGCCAAUUAUUCUUUUCGAGAAAUUGAUAAUCUCAUUGUUUAUGGUUUAGGAGAUAUUAAUUGUAUUGUUCAGUGAAAACUAUUUCAGAGCUUAUGUGAAAUUUACUCUUUAACGGAUUUUCCUCAAAACUUCACCAUUAUUUUUAAAUAUUUUUUCUGCUAU